UUCCUCGCUUCAGUCUCUGGCGCUCACUUCUUUUAAUUUUUUUUUUCCUUUUUGUUCUUUUUUGUUAAUAUUUUAAACCCAUUCAGUGUCUCUCUCGAGCUUAGCGUCCAUAUCCUCUUAUGCCAUCUCACACCUGAAACUUACAUCGACUUCUCGGUGUUACCUUAAAGAAACCGAAGCCUGUAAACAAUGACAGUGUUUUCCGGCAGUAGACAGGUGGUUCCCGUCGACUACGAGGCUGAAGUUUCUCAGCGUCUCCUCGACGCUUCGUUAUCUGGCGAUCUGAAGUCCGCUCUUGAAUGUCUCGCCGAUCCUUUCGUCGAUGUCAACUUCGUUGGUACCGUUUGCUUGAAAACGAGGAAGACCGAAGUCGUUUUGAGAGAAGAAUCCGCGGCUGAGGUCCGCUUCGAUUAUGAAGAGUUUAAAACUGAUGUCACCGCUCUUUUCCUCGCUGUUCAUGUUGGAAAUCUCGCUCUCGUUAAGAAACUAUUGAGCAUAGGAGCUGAUGUGAAUCAUAAACUCUUCAAGGGCUUUGCAACAACAGUAGCCGUGAGGGAGGGCCGACUUGAGAUUCUGGAAAUAUUACUUAAAACUGGGGCUUCUCAGCCAGCUUGCGAGGAAGCUCUUCUGGAGGCAAGCUGCCAUGGACAAGCAAGGCUAGCAGAAUUGCUCAUGGGCUCUGAUUUAAUUCGACCACAUGUUGCAGUUCAGGCUUUCGUCACAGCAUGCUGCAGGGGGUUUGCGGAAGUGGUCAACACUCUCAUGAAGUGUGGUGUUGAUGCAAGUGCUAGUCAUAGACAGCUCCUCCGGUCGUCUAAACCUUCCUUGCACACAAAUGUUGACUGCACAGCACUUGUUGCUGCUGUGGUUAGUAGGCAGGCCUCCGUUGUUCGCUUGCUUCUACAGGCUAGGACCCCAAUCGAUAUUAAAGUAAGUCUGGGAGCAUGGUCAUGGGAUACAACUACGGGUGAAGAGUUUCGAGUGGGUGCAGGAUUGGCUGAGCCCUAUGCCAUCAGUUGGUGUGCUGUAGAAUAUUUUGAAGAUAGUGGUGCCAUAUUACGGAUGCUCCUUCAGCACCUUCCCCUUGAGACACUUCAUCAUGGAAGAACCCUCCUCCACCAUGCAAUUCUUUGUUGCAAUGCAGGAGCAGUGAAAGUUCUCUUGGACUGUGGUGCAAAUGUAGAAUGUCCAGUUAAAACCCCGAAAACCGAGUUCUGUCCAAUUCACAUGGCUGCCCGUCUUGGCUUGUCAGCAGCCCUUCAAUCCCUCAUUAAUGCUGGUUGUGAUCUGAACUCCAAGACAGAUUCUGGUGACACAGCUUUGAUGGUUUGUGCAAAAUACAAGCAUGAAGAAUGCGUUAAAGUGCUGACAAUGGCUGGUGCUGACUUUGGCUUAGUUAACGUCUCUGGUCAGUCAGCUGGUUCAAUCGCUCGAUCAAACCAGUGGUCCCUCAGUUUUCAGCAAGCAGUGCUAGAUGCAAUCAAGGUUGGAAAGAUCCCCAAGUCAAGCAACGUUUCAGUUUUUUCUCCUUUAAUGUUUGUCGCUCAGGCAGGCGAUGUUCAGGCUCUAAAAGCUCUGAUAGGAAGUGGAGAAGUUAAUAUUGAUUAUCAGGAUGAUAAAGGUUUUUCGGCAGUAAUGGUUGCAGCCUUGAAAGGUCACGUUGAAGCAUUCCGUUUGCUAGUCUAUGCCGGGGCUGAUGUUAAGCUGUUAAACAAAUCUGGUGAGACUGCUUUUAAGUUGUCUGAACUGAAUCAGAAUCGUCACCUGUUUGAGAAGGUGAUGCUUGAAUUUGCACUUGAAAAGGGCAAUCGCAAUGCCGGAGGCUUCUAUGCUUUGCAUUGUGCAGCACGGCAUGGAGUAUUGGAUGCUGUUAAAUUGUUGACAAGCAGAGGCUAUGAUGUAAACGUCCCUGAUGGAAAUGGCUAUACUCCACUUAUGUUAGCAGCUAGGGAAGGUCACGGUUCCAUGUGUGAGCUCUUAAUCUCACAUGGUGCAAAUUGUUAUUUCAAGAAUGCUAAAGGGGAAACCGCACUCUCUCUUGCCAGAAAAAUCGUAGGCCUGAAAAACAAUGCAGAACGCGUGAUUCUGGACUCGCUUGCUCGCUCGCUCGUUCUUGAAGGUACCUCUGUAAUGAAGCAUACCAAGGGAGGAAAAGGAAAUCCACAUGGGAAACAAAUGAAAAUGGUGGGAACUACUGGGGUGCUGCAAUGGGGAAAGUCAAGAAAACGGAAUGUGAUAUGCCGAGAGGCAGAACUAGGGCCGAGCCAAGCCUUUGAAAGAAACAGGAAUGGAAAGGGCAACGCUAAUGAACCCGGAGUGUUUCGAGUAGUGACCACUAAGAACAAAGAGGUCCAUUUUAUGUGCGAAGGUGGGUUAGAAAUGGCAGAGCUCUGGGUGCGAGGAAUUAAGCUUGUAACAAGGGAGGCUAUAUUCGGCAAACAACCAGAAAGAUAGAUAAAUAGAGAUGAACUAGAGAGAGUUGAUAGAAUUGUAUUUGUAUAAAUGCUUGUAGAGCUUUACUUCUUUGUCUUGACGUAGUUUGAACGCUUGAUAUUGGGUUGUAAAGUCAAUGCCCUGCUGAUUUACGGUAUCGGUUUUCAAUGUGAAAUCGAGAAUUGGAGCUAAGAA